UGCACAACAGUUGCUUAUAAGCCAUUACGAAAAAUAAAACACUAGCAAUCGCCCGAAACUUAUCGCCCAAAGGAAUCGUGCGCGCGCGCAUUCAAAUCACUUAUUUUCAACACAAAAGUAGCAGUUCUUUCUUGCCAACACCGCCGCCGCCGCCGACGCUUUCGCAGCUAAGCACUUUUAUUCGCGUGAAGUUAUCGUGCAAUUGAACGAACGCUUUUCUUUCAAUUCACAACAACAAUAUCAGCGUUAAGUGGAUACUUAACUGCCAAAGAGCAUCUUCUACUCGCUUCACUUUUUUCUUUUCCACUGUGCUUUCGCUUUGUUUUGCAUACCGCGACUUCCGUCUGUCUCUACGGUGAAUUGAUUUGGAAUACUUUCGAUAGCAUCGUCUUCGCCGUUGCACUUGCCGUACUUCGCACUUCUCGCAACACGGCGCCUUUGUUGAUUGCAUCGCGUUAAUUGUGCAUUCGAUUUGUUUUGUUUGCUGAUCUUCCGGCCGCUUCGCUUCGCGUGAAUUUGCGUUUAGUAAUUGUGAGGAAAAUUGUGCAGAAAUAAAAGAGACUGUGGCCAUAAAAUACGACCAAAGCCACAAAAAUUACAAAUUAAUUUAUGCAAAACUAGUGGAGCAAAAUUUUCUUGGUUUGCACAAAUUGUCGAAAUUAAUAUAGAAACAAGGACAUAAACAAUUGCCUAAGUCAACUAGUGCUUCGGUGAAAACAAACAAAAGCCACUGAUUAAAACGAAAGCAACAAAAAAGAACAAUUAAUUUUAAUGACGACUUGCCACAACUGAGAUUUGCUUAAUGCGAUUACGUCUGUUGCGUUCACCUGCAGUGAAAAGGAGCCUCCAUAAAUAAAACCACCAACAACAAACACCACUACUCAAUAUUACGACCGGAAAGAGGAAAAAAAGCUGACAACUUGACACACGCGAGCACCUAAAGCACGACAUUCGCGACACAACAAAACGACGCUAUUCACAGCGAACGAAAAGCUACACCAAAGUACUUGCUGAAUUGUUCUGGUGAAAAAUAGCGUCGAUAACAAAAGUGUGCCCGAAGUGCGGCAAUCCACGACGCUACUGAUUUAUUAACUGCUUUGAGCUACUUGCGGUGCUUUGUGCAAUCUUUCGUAAGCGUCUUAGCGCUCAUAAGCCAUAAUUCGUCUUCGUCAAUAAUUCUUUUGCUGCGCAACAGUUUUAUGAGUAACAGCGCCAUGGUUGCGGUCGCCAUUUGUUGCAUACUGGUCCUGCUGGCCGUCUUCAUUGUGAUCAUCAUAGUCGUUGGUCAGACGAUGGGUGAGCCCAAGUGAGAUAAACUUCAACUGGGACCCGGAAACUUCCCAGAUGGAUAACAAAGGCACUCGACGAAUUGUUAGUUGUUACCGAAUAUCAAAUAUCCACUGCGACUAUUGGCCAGAGCCCAGCCUCACACAUUCACAUUGCUAAAUUUCAUAAGAAUCACCAUCGAUGACCGACGAGUGCCAUUGAUGAUGGCCCCCUUUGGCAGGCAGCGCCGUAAGCAACAACAUCACUUACAACGAUUUUCAAAAUCACAUUUCGGAAACCAAGCGCAAGCAAGCAAAAUAUCUGCAUCAUGUGCCACUGUACGCGUCAUCGGCUCCAUUCGUGUACCAUCGGACCCAACGUCAGAACAAAAAUUGGCUGUGAUGUGAAACUAAAGAGACAUAUGUACGAAAUUUACUCAUAAACAAAUUUGAAACUAAAAAAUUCCAAACAAAAAAAUUGAAAAAAAAUAAAAUCGGCAAAAAAUUGAGUGU